AAUUUAGAAAACCCUAAACCCUGGUUGUCGUUUUAAAAGACUCCAGUGCGCCUCUCUCUGCCCAUCUUAUUGUUAUUGUAGUCCAAAACCCAAAAUUUUCUCUUCGUUCUCUUCCAUAUCUCUUUCAUAGUCUCGCAGAUAUGAGACCUCCAAGAGGCCGUGGUGGUGGUGGAUUUAGAGGAGGUAGGGGUGAUGGAGGCAGGGGCAGAGGCGGAGGUGGUAGAGGUGGUGACAGAGGUGGCUUCCAGAGUGCCCGAGGAGGAGGGCGAGGCGGACGUGGUGGAGGAAGGGGCCGUGGUGGACGCGGUGGUGGAAUGAAGGGUGGGAGUAAGGUUGUGGUAGAGCCUCAUAGACACGAGGGUGUGUUCAUCGCCAAGGGUAAGGAGGACGCACUUGUUACUAAGAAUUUGAUACCUGGUGAAACUGUGUACAACGAGAAGAGGAUCUCUGUGCAGAAUGAAGAUGGAACUAAAGUUGAAUACAGGGUUUGGAACCCCUUCCGUUCAAAAUUGGCAGCUGCCAUUCUUGGUGGUGUUGACAACAUCUGGAUUAAACCUGGUGCCAAAGUUCUCUACCUUGGAGCGGCUUCUGGGACAACUGUCUCUCAUGUUUCUGACAUUGUUGGCCCCGAUGGAGUGGUUUAUGCUGUGGAGUUUUCCCAUAGAAGUGGUAGAGACCUGGUUAACAUGGCAAAGAAGCGAACCAAUGUGAUCCCAAUCAUUGAAGAUGCCAGACAUCCGGCCAAGUACAGGAUGCUGGUGGGAAUGGUGGAUGUGAUAUUUUCUGAUGUUGCCCAGCCUGAUCAGGCAAGGAUUUUAGCAUUGAACGCUUCUUACUUUCUGAAAGUUGGUGGUCAUUUUGUCAUUUCAAUUAAGGCAAAUUGCAUUGAUUGCACCGUUCCCGCUGAGGCAGUAUUUGAGAGUGAGGUGAAGAAGCUCCAGCAAGAACAGUUCAAGCCUGCUGAGCAGGUCACUCUUGAACCGUUUGAGCGAGACCAUGCUUGUGUGAUUGGCGGCUACCGCAUGCCGAAGAAGCAGAAGUGAAUGGCUAUGCUUUUCUUUUCUUUUCUUUUUUUAUAAUAAUUUUGGCUAGGAUUCUCAACUAGUAGGCUGGUAAAAGCAUUUUAACUGUUUGUUAUGUUUUUGGUCAUGAAAAGAUUACUAAAAGUUGUCUUUAAGAUAGCUUUCAGUGCUGUUGUUUUUGCACUAAUGCUUCUGUGGACCGAUUUAUGUAGUUGGUCAUGUCCCAUAAAAAUUUAUAGUCUUUCUGUUGCCUUCUUAA